AUGGCUCCCUCACAAGCGGCCCAUGUGCCGACCCUGGACAACUUAAUAAAGUCGUUCAACAAUCAAACUCUUGAGGCAUCGAUUGAGUCUCUAAUUUUUCUCCUAAAGCGGCGCCAAGUCAAGGGGGACGAAUGCGCCAAAGCAACCGCACACAUCCUCCGACAAGUUGUCGCCAAAUCAAAGUGGAACGAUGUCGACCAGCUUCUGUCUAGGAUCCAGAGCUAUGGGUCGAGACUGGCGCGCGCUGCCCCGCUGGAGCCUGUUAUCGGCAAUGUCGUGCGACGUGUGUUGGGUUUGAUUCGAGACGAGGCGACCGAGGACAGGAACGCCGAUGACUUGGCCAGCGAGGCCGCUUCCGACAUCCAGAGCUUGACUCCGAGCACCAACCCGAACGCUCACCCCCCGCAACGGCCGGCACCCGUCCCGAUUCGCCCUUCCCCUUCGGUCAUCUCGACCGGCCUCCAAGUCUCCAAGUCCAUGUUCAACCUCCUAUCCGUUGCGAACCCUGGCGACUCGCCGAUAACAGGGGCAUCCACUCCCAUGUCACAAGCUCAACCAGCUAGUGCGCAUGCUCUGCGAUCCGAAGUCAUGGAUGGGAUUGAGGAAAUUCUAGACGAGAUCAACCAGGCCGACGACCAGAUCGCAGGGUUUUCAGAGAUCCAGAUUCACCCGGGCGACUACGUGCUAGCAUAUCAGCCGUCAAGGACCGUUGAGAAGUUUCUAGUUAAGGCUGCAUCAAAACGGCGGUUUACCGUUCUCAUCGCCAGUCAUGCCUUUUCCUACGGAACGUCCGAGGCUCCCUACGCCACGCUACGGAAAAAGCUCAACGCAGCCGGCGUAAAUACCAUUAACCUGGCCAGCAACGGCCUGAUGGCCUACAUACCACGAGUCAACAAGGUCAUCUUCAGCGCGAAGGCCGUGUACCAGAACGGAGGUCUGCUGGUAGACAGCGGCUCCUGCAUUGCUGCUCAGGCAGCGUACGAAUAUCUCAAGCCUGUCAUCGUCCUCUGUCCCGUCUACAAGUUCUGCCCCGAAGAUCCGUCAGACGAGGUGUCGAGGGGUGAGCUGGGAAACCCGUCCAGCUAUGUGAGCUACGCGAAUGGCCCAGCGGUGGACGCGCUCGACGUGGAGAAUACUGUCACAGACUACAUCCCGCCAGAGCUUAUCGACGUCUAUCUCACCAAUCUGGGCCCUCAAACGCGGCAUCAUCUUGCCAGCAUCCUCGCAGACCACUAUAAGACGGAGGACAUUGGCUUCUCUUUGCAGCUUGGCGAGCCUUGA